UCUGCGCCGGCCUCUUCUUGCUGUCUUGGCUACGAAGGCUCAGCUUUCAAUUGCAAGCCCAUUUGUAGUGCAGGUUGUCCCAGCAAUGGUUACUGCAGCGCGCCGGAUCAAUGUAGCUGCAAUUAUGGAUAUUCUGGUGCAGAUUGCAGUCCCACUUGCCACAGCUGUGGCAAACACAGCUACUGUCAGUCGCCGGGCGUGUGUGAAUGCAACGCGGGCUUCAGGCGGACCGACCAAUCAUACGAUUGUCUGCCGCAGUGCGUUCAGUCAUGUGGAGAUCACAGCUUCUGUGCGGCACCAGAUACCUGUGAGUGUCAGCUGGGCUAUGAGAGAUCCGUACCCGAAGCAACCUGUCUGCCUGUGUGCGUGCCCAGCUGCGGCACCAACAGCUACUGCAUGGAGCCCAAUGUCUGUGAGUGCUACGAGGGCUACAUGCAAGAGAAUGGAACAUGCCUGCCCAUCUGUGAUGCGGGCUGUGGGCGAAACAGCAGUUGUGUCAAGCCAGGAGAAUGCCAAUGUGAUGAGGGCUACACGAGCUCCGAUGAAGGUAACUGCCAGCCCAUAUGCAGUCAAGGAUGUCCGGAGCACAGCAGCUGCGGCAGACCAGGAGAAUGUCUGUGCGAUGAGGGAUACACGAGUUCCGUAAAAGGUAGCUGUGAGCCCGUCUGCAGUCAAGAAUGUCCGGAACACAGCAGCUGCGUGGCACCAGAGCUGUGUGCAUGCAGCCCUGGCUAUGUCCAAAACAAGGAAAAUCUGUGUGAACCCCAUUGCCCAAAGGGUUGCUUUGACUAUGCGAGAUGUGUGGCACCCGAUGUGUGUGAAUGCUAUCCCGGCUAUGAGCUGUCGCAGGCUGGGCAAAAGUGUCAACCCACAUGCAGUCAGGGCUGUCCAAAUGGCUCUUGCUUUGCGCCCGAGGUCUGUGCGUGCAACCCUGGCUACCUAAUGGGUCCCAACAACAACUGCGAGCCGCAAUGCAGCCAGAGCUGUGUACAUGGCAGCUGCAUCGCACCCGAUAUGUGUGAAUGCGAGCCUGGACAUCGGUUCGCUUCAGAUUCGCGGCAUAUCUGCGAGCCGAUCUGUGAGCCGGCCUGCCAGCUGGGCACGUGCAUGGCGCCCCAGCUAUGCAUCUGCCAUUUGGGACAUGAGCCGAUGGGUCCAUUGGGCUCAGGCUUGGAGCACGUGUGCAAGCCGAGCUGCUCGACGAACUGUGUGAAUGCCACUUGUCUGGCGCCUGAUGAGUGCAGCUGCAAUGCAGGCUAUGUGCCCGCAGACGAAGCCAACCCCAAUAUCUGCAAGCCCAACUGCAGUCACGGCUGCUCCAAUGGUGACUGCGUGGCGCCUGAGCUGUGCCAGUGCCAUCCUGGCUACGAGAGCACUGCAGGUGGCUGCCAGCUGCAGCUAGAAACGACCACCGAUUGGAUGACAACGACAUUGGCCACCACUGACCAUCAACCAGAGCAGCUGCUGCAGCAGCCCUGGACAAAUUGCAGCAGCGGCUGCCGCUGCUGGCACCUAUUGAUUGAUGUGGCGCAGACUACGAUCAAGUGCGCCAACAUCUGCAGGGAUGCCUAUGACCAGCCCUGCCUGGAACUUGGCCAGUGUCGGUGUGUGGAGUCAACUGGUCAGCUGCUCUGCCCGGCUGCGAAUGGGCAGCUGGAGCAGCGCAUGGUCUGUCACGUGGACGCACCCAGGGCCAGGAACCUGAGCGCUGGCGAGGCGGCACACAACGUUGACCAGAUUAAAAGCAGUGCAGUCAAAUGGCCAUCGAUCCUGGCCUGGUGUCUGGGCAGCUGCAUCCUCUUGCUGGUCGUGAUUGUGGCCAGCCUCGUCUACUUGACUCACAGACGCCAGAAGGCGCUUGCUCAGCAAGUCGAUGGACUCAGCAUUGUCAACUAUGUCCAUGAAACUUAAUACAAUUUUAAUAUUUUUGUCAUUAUUAUAAAUAUUGUUAUCUUUAAACUAUUAUGGAGGAUCUGUGUCGCCUCAGGUGGAUUAAUAUAAAUUUCUUCAGUAUUUGUUAAAUUUAA